GCGUGGAGUUGUCUGGUGCUGUCGUACGUACGCGUUACGCUUGGGCUAGAAGGAAGAAAAAUAAAAUAAAAAAGAUCCCGAAAACCGAAAUUAAGAUUUUAUACUUCCAAGAAGAAUUUUUCCCAUUCUCACUACUUUCUUCCAUACCGACAACACAUACAACAAAUAUGGCAUCUACAUCAACUGCCGUAGAUGCAGCUCCUACAAGGACGCAAUUGCUAUUUGCAAGAGCUGUGAUCUUGACUAUGGAAUUAUGGCCAGCAAUGCGCCUAGCUGUUUCAGAACAAUGGGGAGGUGUAGAUUCGGCUGAUAAAAAGCAAUUCUUGAUUUCUCAUAUUUGUGAUUCAUAUUCGGAAGAACCAUCUGCUUCUGUUCAACAAGAAGCAAUCGCAAACAGUGGUUCUUCCUCGUCUGCCUCUUUACAAGCACCAAAAGUACCAGACGUGGACGAUUUAGCGGAAACGUUGGAAAUGUACUUUGAAGAUGAAUACGAAAGUAAGAUCGAAGAUGGAUCGGCAGAUUGGAUUGCAGGAAGGAUCGUUCAUCUACAUAAAUGCAUUUAUGCUGCUUUUCCACCUACACAACAAUCACUCGAAAAUGCGGAACAAGAAGUGAAUAAAUUAUACGAAGCAACUGUUAGACUGAAAGGCCAAAAAGUCGAAAUUCAAAGAACACAACAAGAAAACGGAGAUGAACAAGAUGGAAGUGGCGAUAGCAGUAGCGAUGAAGAACAUGAUCAUUCGCAUAAUGAUAACAUGGAUGUUGAUGGCGAAGGCUCAGCACAGCAGCAACCACGCGAACGUCCUCAGCCAGUCGUUGAUGAAGAUGGCUUCACAACUGUUGUCAAAGGACGGAGGAGAUAGAUGGAAGCAUCGCGCUUUUUCUUGCUCUUGCAUGUGUAACACUACUUAUUAUGUCUUCCAUUGGCACAUUUGAUUGUUUAAUAUAUUAAUUGACAAUUUUUGCAUACAAUAACAGCAAAGA